CUUUAACCAAUCAAACACAAGUUUACAAACAAUCUAAUUUAAACAAACAUGGCUUCUCGACUUUCACUUUCUCUUUAUCGAACUUUGGAAAAAGUGGUGGCAUUUAAACCAAACACAAUUUUUGUCAGAUACAUGUCACAAGACAAUCAUGAAAACUUCACAAAAGUAACUGAUGAUGAGAAAGGCAUCAGAACUAUACAACUUAAUGAUCCCAAAAAGAGAAAUGCUUUAUCUCUCAACAUGCUGCAGGCCCUACACAAUAAUCUAAGCACUGGAGUAGAUGAUUUACGUGUGAUCAUUCUAAGAUCUCAGGGACCUGUGUGGUCAGCAGGUCAUGACCUCAAAGAAUUGACAAGCAAACAAGGUAGAGAAUAUCAUCGCAAAGUUUUUGAGACUUGCUCUGAUGUGAUGACGUUAAUUCAGGAUUUGCCUAUCCCAGUGAUUGCUGCAGUGUCAGGAUUAGCCACAGCUGCUGGGGCUCAGUUAGUUGCCAGUUGUGAUAUUGCUGUUGCUGCUGAAAGUGCAAAAUUUGCCACACCAGGAGUUAGUGUUGGUCUAUUCUGCUCAACACCAGCUGUGGCUGUUGGAAGGGCAGUGCCAAGAAAGGUUGCCAUGGAAAUGCUUUUCACAGGACACCCCAUCUCUGCCCAAGAUGCUUUACUCCAUGGCUUAGUAAGCCGAGUUGUACCUGAUGACCAGUUAAAUACAGAGGUGAGGAAGAUAGCAGAAAGAAUUUGUGAGACCAGCAGAGAGGUUGUAGCACUUGGUAAAGCAACAUUUCAUGCUCAGAUGAAUUUGGAAAGGAGGGAAGCUUACAGGUUGACAUCGGCGGUGAUGGUGGAGAAUCUGUCGCUGGAAGACGGACAAGAAGGAAUAAAGGCUUUCAUUGAAAAAAGGAAACCAUCGUGGUCUCACAGGAAUAAAAAAGUUCACUAAAAAGAAAACGAAGGACAAUAUUUCAAAAAAGCUGUGAUUUUUAAAAGUGAUUUACGGUAUACAUGUAUAUAUAUUAUUUAAAUGAACAUAUAAAUUUUUUUAAAAAUGUAAA